CUUUGCCUUUGACAGUGAGUCCUGCUGCUAACUGUCGAGCACUUUCAACCCACAGCCGUUCACACUAAUCAGCUCUGCGGUGGGUUUAAUCUACCAGCAGCAGGAACAGUCAGCUUCGGAACGGCGCUGCGGGACUCGAGCGAACUGGUGUCUGAAAAAAAUAAAAAAAAGGGAGGCAGCAAAGAUGUCCAAAGACACGGAAGGAAAGAGCGAGAAAAUCAUGGACGUGGAGAGCAAGGUGCUGUGGUACCCGGACUCUAAGAGGAACACACAGAUGGACAGGUUUAGGAAGCAGGUCAACGGAGACUACGGCCUUAAUCUGGUCAACUACAGUGAUCUGUACCAGUGGUCGGUGGACAGCUACGCAGAGUUCUGGGCAGAAGUGUGGCGCUUUUGUGGAGUCGUCAGCUCCAAACCAUAUAAUGAGGUGGUGGAUGUAACCAAACGGAUCUCAGACGCUCCAGAGUGGUUUAAAGGGGCUCGGCUCAACUACGCUGAGAACCUGCUCAAACAUGCAGAUCAGGACAAAGUGGCGCUCUACGCUGCAACGGAGGCGAAUGAGGAGAUUGUGAAGGUGACGUUCGGGGAACUGAGGCGUGAUGUGGCGUUGUUUGCAGCGGCCAUGAGGAAGAUGGGCAUCCAGACUGGAGACAGAGUCGUAGGCUACCUUCCCAAUGGUAUACAUGCAGUAGAGGCCAUGUUAGCAGCAGCCAGCAUCGGAGCCAUUUGGAGCUCAACAUCUGUUGACUUUGGAGUCAAUGGUGUCCUUGACAGGUUUUCUCAAAUCCAGCCCAAGCUGAUCUUCUCCGUCGCUGCUGUAGUUUACAACGGCAAAACACACGACCACAUGGAAAAGCUGACCAGCGUUGUGAAAGGUCUGCCUGACCUGAAAAAAAUAGUCGUUAUCCCCUAUGCUCGCUCCAAACACGAGACUGACCUCUCCAAGAUUCCUAACAGUGUAUUCAUCGACGAUUUCUUGGCGUCUGGGCGCGGUGAGGCCGACCAGUUCCCUCAGCUGGAGUUUGAGCAGCUUCCAUUCAGUCAUCCCCUGUUCAUCAUGUAUUCCUCUGGAACCACAGGUGCUCCAAAAUGUAUGGUCCACUCCGCUGGGGGAACUCUUAUCCAACACCUAAAAGAACACAUUCUCCAUGGGAAUAUGACCUCCAGUGACGUCAUCAUUUACUACACUACGACUGGCUGGAUGAUGUGGAACUGGCUGGUUUCUGCUCUGGCAGUGGGAGCCUCGGUGGUUUUAUAUGACGGGUCGCCACUAAUGCCGACACCCAACGUUCUGUGGAACCUGACGGACCAGCUGGGCAUCACUAUCUUCGGUACUGGGGCCAAGUGGCUGUCUGUGCUGCAGGAGAGGAACCUGAAGCCCUCGGAAACACACAAUCUCCAGUCCCUCCACACUAUCUUAUCUACUGGAUCUCCCCUCAAACCUCAGAGCUACGACUACGUCUACCGCUGCAUCAAGAGCAACGUGCUGCUGGGCUCCAUCUCAGGUGGUACCGACAUAGUGUCAUGUUUCAUGGGUCAGAACCCAACAGUUCCUGUGUACCGCGGCGAGAUCCAAACAAGAAACCUCGGCAUGGCUGUGGAAGCCUGGAGCCUUGAUGGGAAGCCUGUAUGGGGAGAGAGUGGGGAGCUGGUCUGCCUGAAGCCAAUCCCCUGCCAGCCAACACACUUCUGGAAUGACGAGAAUGGGAGCAAAUAUCAUAAAGCAUACUUUUCUUCAUAUCCUGGGUUCUGGGCCCACGGAGACUACUGUAAAAUCAACCCAAAGACAGGGGGCAUCGUCAUGCUGGGCAGAAGCGAUGGUACACUGAACCCCAACGGAGUCCGGUUCGGCAGCUCAGAGAUCUACAACAUCGUGGAGGCAUUUGAGGAAGUGUCAGACAGCCUUUGUGUUCCUCAGUACAACGCCGACGGAGAAGAGCGAGUUAUUUUAUUCUUAAAGAUGGCACCCGGAAAGCCCUUCAGUCCGGAGCUGGUGGCAAAGAUCAGAGGGGCCAUUAGAAAAGCUCUGUCUGCCCGACAUGUCCCUGCCCUGCUGCUGGAGACCAGAGACAUUCCUUACACCAUCAGCGGUAAGAAGGUGGAGGUGGCUGUCAAACAGGUGAUCGCUGGUCGGGAGGUGGCACAAAGAGGAGCGUUCUCCAACCCUGAUUCACUGGACCUCUACAAAAACAUUCCUGAACUGCAAAACUAUUAGCACUGGAAAGAGGACCUGUAGAAGACAACUGCUUGUCAAAAAAUUUGCUUAGUUUUUAAAUUAACUUUAUUAAAUUCACAAGUACACGGGAGACGUGCAAAGUGUAUUGCAGGGGUAGUUUACACAGGCACCCUGAGCUUUACACAGGGUAAUGAAUAGGGAAAAAAUGUGUCUGUCAAAAUAAUAUGAGAAUAACAAAUAAUAUGUAUAUAAAAUAAUAAGUUGAUGAUAUCAGGAGAGACUUUAAAAACAGGAUGCAUACAGUUCCAUAGGCUUGCUUUCAAUCAAGUCAUUGAACACUUGCUCCCAGCUCCUACCAUGUAAAUGAUGAUCAGAGUUUGGCUUCGGAUGUGAUGUGCACAGCAGCGCAGAGCUCAUGCUCUGAAAACACCUACAAUGGAGACGUGAAAUGUAGCAUUAAGUGCUCUGCUUUGGUUUUCACAGUUUGAUUGAUAUCAGUCUGUGAAGAACCAUAUCUCUAUCUAUCACCUGCCUCUAACCCCGACGCCGGUUCCGAGUGUCCCACAAUAAAGUCCAUGGAGGUUUGCAGAUAAACAAAUGCCUCGGCUGUGGAUCACAUCACCAUAAUAUGGUUAUGUGGUGCGUGUUGCUUUGUUAAUGUGUAUAUACAUAUGAAUAUCUAUUUUUUGGACUGUGACAUUGCGUUAACAUUAUAAGUAUGCAUUUAACAGUCACCUGAACUUAUUAACCAAAGUGAGUCGAAGAUUUUCUAGAUGGUCGUAACAUGUCAGUUGUUUUUGCUUUAAAGAACCAAGGAUCCUAGAUAAACUAAGCUUUUGUCACAACCUAAAAAGGUAUUGAUUUCCUCUGUGGUUCAAGCGCAAGGUUAAACUUUUAUUUAGGUUUUAAACGCUUAAUUCCAUUUUGUUCCAUCCAAGACACAAAUAGGCCUUUAUUUAUCCAACUGCUCUUCAAACAGUUCCGUCACAACAUAAAAUGUAGAAUGUAGAAUAAGUAAUGCUAUUUAAGAUGUACGGCAGAUUCACACACAGGUUUGUUUCCAUUUUCCCCAAGAAACGAACUAAUUGUGGAGAAAUUACAGAUCAGAUCAAUGGAUAACAAACUGGAGAAAACAUUUCACACUGAUACACAUUUCCUCACAAGGCUUGUUUUUUUUUUUGAGAAUUAUUCUUGUUCAUCAUUUGAUUUUUUUCAAAUUAUUUUAAAUAUGAGGUGCAAAUGUAACUAUCAACUGGAAAACUCUACUGUUCAUCUUUAAUGUCACUGCUUAUUUUGUAAAAAAUGAUUCUUUAAAGGUACCCUGUGGAGUUUCCGGCCACUGCUGAGCAAUGUUUUCAUGAGUAGGGCCCUGUUUGUUGUAUGUAUCUUGCAUGUGCAUCAGCAAACACGGAUAUAAACAGCGCAGCUCAUUUUUAAGUGUUUUACGAGGAUUUCUGCCUCAUGAAUCUGCAAAAUUAUUUUUGCAGAGAAAUACGGAAUGCAGAGAAAUAAUUUGCUUCCAAGAAAACUCCACAGGAUACCUCUAAAGUCAAAUAUAAACAGGUUUUCUAUGAAGAAAGGAGACAGGGAUCAUAUUAAGACAACUGUACACUUUGUGCACUUUAGUAUUGUAUAUGUUACAGUGUUUCUGGUGAAACAUGACGGAUCCACUGGACCAUUCUUUAGCAUGCAUGCUUUUUUUGCAGAAAACAUUUCUUAUAGAGGCCAAGAGUUUGUUAAUGUAAUUCUGGGUGUUUGGUUCUUCCAUCUGUAGUGAAUUUACAAUGUAAAUUUGACUUGUUUUGGUGUUGCAAAAAUUUAAUGAAUCAAAUGUGA